CAAGCGCCGCGCUACAGCUGUACUCGAUAACGAUUUUUUGAAAAUGAAAAUAAACCCGUAGUGGACGCACAGUUGUAGUUUUAUAUUCUAAAAGUUUUUUAUUGCAUAUGGGCCAACUACAUGUUGCGUGAAAAGGAAAUCUAGGUCUGACUGUCCAGCUCGCCUUGAAUGCGCAUUGAGCUCCGGACAGUUCUUGUUUUAUGCGAGUUUGUUGUUAUUCUUUGCGGGUUUACAGCUGCGUAAGAUACAAUUUUAUGCUGCUCCAGGAUCUGAAGAACGCUUAUUCUUUACAUUUGGAGGACGGGGAGUUUGACGGUCCAGAGCACACAAGUGAGUGAGAGGAGGGCGCAUUGCUUGUGGUGGGUGCUACACGAGACUGGACACGGAACGCGAGAGAGGAAGACAAAAAGACUCUCCAAAGAUGACUCUGGGGACGGACAUGUCGGACAGUUCUGCUCUGUCCGACGACGUGGACAUCGAUGUUGUUGGUGGGGAUAUUGUUAAAGAAGGUAAAUAUCUUCACCAUCAUCACAGUUUUCACUUGGACAAUGACUCCGAUGACAAUCUAUCCCAAAACGCGGGGGAGGACGCAAUCUCUCCGGGCCAAAGCAGCUUGGACUGUCCGGGUGACCGGGUAGGACCACGAGAUGAAAACAGUACUGGGGCGUUGACUGGGGACAAACCAGGGAAAAAUGCAUUGGUAAAACCCCCUUAUUCCUAUAUAGCCUUGAUAACCAUGGCUGUCUUGCAGAGCCCGAAGAAACGUUUGACUUUAAGCGAGAUCUGCGAGUUCAUCAGCAACAGGUUCCCGUAUUACCGGGAGAAAUUUCCUGCGUGGCAAAACUCUAUCCGUCACAACCUGUCUCUUAAUGACUGCUUUGUCAAAAUCCCCCGCGAACCCGGUAACCCGGGCAAAGGCAAUUACUGGACCCUCGACCCAGAGUCUGCCGACAUGUUUGACAAUGGGAGUUUUCUGCGCAGAAGGAAGCGCUUCAAAAGACACCAGACCAAUGAGAUACUUAGGGACGCAGGAGGAUUUCUACCUGGCUUCGGCUACGGACCUUACGGUUACAACUACGGCCUACAGCUGCAGAAUUUCCACGCACAUCACCCUUAUCACCCACACCAAGCAGGAGGCGCGUUCCCUUUCCAAAACGCAACUUGUGGGCUCCCGACCCCUUCUUCAAUAUUCUCCACGCCACAUUCCUUGCCUUCAUUUUUAGGUACCGAGUUGAGAAAGCCAUUCUAUCCCCAACUCAGCCCGACUCUUCCUACUCUUGGGCCACUUAAAACGGACAGUAACGCCUCGAGCCGGCCUUCCUUCUCUAUAGACAAUAUUAUUGGUGCAGCUAGCUCACCGGCUUCUCCUUACACUGCGCAACCGGGUGGACAGGCUCAGAUCUUGGCCAUGCUGACUCCUUCACUUGCAUCGGCCACGAAUCAUUUGAAUCUGACGCCAGAAACUAUGCUUCAGCCUGGCACACAGACAUUCUCGAGCAAAACGUCAAGCCUUAACAAUUGCCAUUUCUAGACUGGCAGCAAAUUGAAUGCGCAGCAGUCCAAUUUAAUAUGGUUGUUCCUUCAUUUGCUAAGGUAGGAUUUACACUUUUGCCAGAUUAAAACGCCUCCCGUUUUAUGUUUCUGAAUUGUUAAAUGAAAUGAUAAUUAAUUAUAUUUAUGGACUGUACAUAUGUAAGAUUUUGACACGAGAAAACGCGCCGAAGAGAGGUAAUUAAGACGAUGUAAAUAGUAAGCUAAAUAUGAGGUUAAGAGUUCACCUUUGGACGGCCAGUGGACCCUUACCGCUGUCCUAAAAGUGAAAUAGUUUGUACUUAUUGACAUACAUUUUUCUCGUUGGGUGAACUUAAAUGAAGAUUGUUUUAAUUAUUUUAUUAUUUUGUAUAUUUUGUGAGUUUGUGAAAAGCACUGUCAAUACCGAGACUGAAACUCAGGAUUUACUUGUUUUGAAAGCACAUUUCCAGAGACAAUGGGGGCUGUAAAUAGGUUACAUAGGUUAAGGUCCCACUUCCCCUCCUUCUCUCAACAGACGUGUUCUGGUGAAUUUAUUCUUAUUUUAUAUCUGUUGAUAGAUGAUUAUGUGGUUUUUGGUGUAAAUCGCAUUACCUCUCUUUCUGUCUGACUCUUGAGCAUACGUCAUAUUUCAUUAUUCCAUUAAAAAUAAUCUGUGAAAAGAAUGUUGUUCUAUGUAAAGAGACAAAACAAUGUCCAUGU